AUGUCGACGGACUAUGAGAAAAGGCUGAGCCUCGACGAUAUGGCCCUCAAGACAGGCGAUCACAUCGAGACAAUUGGUAAGGCUGCCGCCGUCGAUGCCACCGUCGCCGCCAAUGUCGAUGACAUCCCGAUCAGCUUGUACGUGUGGAUGGUUGCUCUGUCUGCCUCAAUUGCGGGCAUGCUCUUUGGGUACGACACUGGCAUCAUCUCAGCGGUCUUGGUGUACAUAAAAGACGCACUGGGUGGUCGGUAUCUCACAAGUUCUGAAAAGGAACUGAUCACAUCGCUCUGCUCUGGAGGGGCAUUCUUUGGCUCCAUUUUCGCAGGAAAUACCGCCGAUAGGUGGGGCCGUAAAACUGCGCUUUACCUAGGUUGCGUACUCUUCGUGGUCGGCGCUGUUUUGCAGGCAGCUGCCUACACCAUCGCACAAAUGGCGGUUGGCCGAGUCAUUGUUGGCUUCGGGGUAGGGUCAGCUGCAAUGAUAGUGCCGCUAUACGUCGCCGAGAUCGCCCCGUCAAAAGCUCGUGGGCGACUGGUGGGUUUGAACAAUGUGUCGAUUACUGGAGGACAGGUCAUUGCAUAUGCCAUCGGGGCCGCCUUUGCUAGUGUUCCCCAUGGAUGGCGGGUUAUGGUGGGCCUAGGGGGCUUGCCACCUAUCGUCCUGGCUUGUCUGCUGCCAUUCUGCCCUGAGUCACCCCGUCAUCUUGUUUACAAUGGCCGUAUGGAGGAGGCACGCGCGGUCCUGCGCAAGCUGUACCGCGGCGCUACCGAUGUUCAGAUCGAAUCUGUGCUCGCUUCGAUUCUGGCUGGGUGCGAGGAGGCACGCGCUAUCAGCGGAAACGAGGGCGGCUGGGCGAAGAUUGUGCGGCUGCACACAGUUCCCAGCAACUUCCGAGCUCUGCUCUGUGCCUGCGGGCUAAUGGUCCUCUCCCAGAUUUCUGGAUUCAAUACACUGAUGUAUUACUCCUCCACGAUAUUCUCGUUGGUGGGAUUCACCAGUCCAACAGCCGUCGGCCUCGUUGUGGCUGGGACGAACCUGAUCAUGACUUUUGCCAAUAUGAUCUUGGUAGAUCGCCUUGGCCGCCGACGUCUGCUUCUGUCCACCGUCUGGGGAAUGAGCGCCGGCCUGAUAGCUGUUUCGGUGGCUUUCAGUUUCAUCCAUGUUGAUGUGAACGCAACGGAAGUCACUCCUCAGUCCGUGACUACGCCCGCCAUCGUGGUGUUAAUAUUCAUUAUCUGGUUUGUGGUCUUUUACGGCGUAUCGGUGGGGAACACGGCAUGGAUGUCUGCCGACUUCUUCCCUCUAGAAGUUCGAGCAAUGGGGACCAUGUGGAUGACUUGUUCGUCGUGGGCGAGCAAUGUCAUCGUCUCCAGUACAUUCUUGUCCAUGACCAACGCCAUGACGAUGGCAGGAACGUUCGGUUUCUACGCCGGUAUCUGCGGAGUCAGUUAUGUUCUUAUCUAUUUCUUCUACCCCGAAGUCUCGGGCCUGAUCCUUGAAGAAAUCAAGGAGGUUUUCGAGCAUGGAUUUGGCGUGAGUACAUAUAUCCCCACUCCCACUAUGCGGAGUAGGCUUAGGGUAUGGCUACAAAUCGGAAGACCCAUUAGCGGCCUGAUCGACCGGGGGGUGGCGGCUUUUGAUGGAGGCUAUCGGAAAUUCCAGCCCGAAAGCGCGCGUUGUAUCAGAGCCAAGCCCUCGAUCUCCAGUAAAUGCCGCCCUUUCGAGGUCUUUGUGUACUAUGGCUACUCUCAAUUACCAAGUGUACAUGCCUCGCAGAAUCCUGAUAUUCAAAACAGCGAUGUCAGAAAGAUAUGGGAGCGACGUAUUCAGUUGGGACUGCUUGGGUUACAGCGUGUCACAACACGGAUUGAGAGAAAAGAUAAACUGAUGUUGGCUCGCUUACAGGCAGUUCCUCGAUUGUUUUUGGAAGCUCGGUCCAAAGCAGCGUGUCCGACCCUGGGGACCACUUCCCCUCUAACCUCGAAAGCAGCUCACGUACCGAUCACUCGCAGAGAUUACAAAAUAAUACUUGCCACCCGCCAGUCAGCAGAAGAUAACGGCGAUAGACAUGAUGAGAAAAUGCCUUGGAGAUGUGAGAGAAGGAAGCGCUCCAGAUUCCGCUCUGUGACGACACGAGACGAAUCAAACGAGCGUCAAAUUACGGUCUACUUCCUCGAUUACCUUCUAUAUCUCACAACGCUGCUGCAAGAGUCAUGCUGGAAGAUUGUGCACCCUGCCUAUGGGCUCGAUUUGAAACACUUCGAUGAUGAAGCUGCCGACCCGAGAACAGAGCGUCAUGCAGUAUUUUCGACCGGGCUGCGUGUUUCCGACGAUUAUACCACAAAGAAAUGGAACAUUGGGUUGGGAAGCCUACAAUGAGGAUUUCGACCGCCAUCUCCAUCUUUCUCCUUACCUGCCCGAUAAUGCGUGGGUCAAUCGGUACUAUAGCCCGAAAAGCACAGGCCGUGCCGAGUCUUGCAACGAAGCUUGGUUCUCGGACAGGUUAGCCUCGAGUGCUCAAAACGGAGUGGCUCUACAGCGUGCAAAUAAUUGCUGCCUUUGAUCGACAAACAACGGCUGGGCUCAGGUCAACUCCGCUGCAGAGUGUGGAAAUUUCCGAGCAAGCUUACUCUCGUAGCUACUCCAUACUGUUACCGAGAAAAGAAAUAACUUUGACUCUUGUUUUUAGCCAGGCCAGAUCUGGUUUGUCAGGUUUCUCAGAGACCAGGGAUUUCUUCUCUUGCGUCUUCUGUUGUUCGUUUCCGAAGACGGCAGCUGUACCCUGGAGCGCGUAGGCUGUU